CCACCAAAAAUAUUUCUUAUCUUCCAAACAGAACAAUUACACAAACUGCCACUCUCCCCCUCUCUCAUCCAUGGCCACUCUGCAUAUUCACCAAGCUCUUCUCCACUUCCUUCACUGUUCAACCUCACCUUCACCAAAACUCCCUCCUUUUCGAAACCCUAAUUUCACUCCACUUUCCAGGAAAAUUAGGGUCUUUAGAUCAAGCUUUAGAGGCAGGGAUGGAGUGUUCUCUGUUUGUUGUCUCUGCAAGGCGAGUUCCGGUAUCGACGAGGUAUCAGUAUCGGUCCCGGAGGAGAUUGAGCGGCCUCGGUUCGAUGUCAAUCUCGCCGUCAUUCUUGCUGGUUUUGCAUUCGAAGCCUACACAAGCCCACCUGAAAAUGUAGGAAAGCGUGAAGUGGAUGCAGCUAAUUGUCAGAUGGUUUUCCUUUCAGAGUCAUUUCUGCGUGAGAUUUAUGAUGGCCAGUUGUUCAUAAAGCUGAAGAAAGGUCUCAAUUUUCGUGCCAUGGAUCCAUGGGGAACAAGUGAUCCAUAUGUGGUCAUGCAAUUAGAUAGUCAGGUUGUCAAAAGCAAGAUUAAAUGGGGGACCAAGGAACCAACUUGGAAUGAGGAGUUCACUUUAAAUAUCAAGCAGUCCCCAACCAAGAAUCUUCAGGUUGCAGCUUGGGAUGCAAAUCUUGUAACUCCACAUAAGCGCAUGGGAAAUUCUGCCAUUAGUUUGGAAUGCCUCUGCGAUGGAGAUCUGCAUGAAGUGCUGGUUGAUUUGGAAGGAAUGGGAGGUGGCGGAAAGAUACAGCUAGAGAUUAAGUAUAAGAGCUUCGGUGAAAUUGAAGAAGGAAAGAAAUGGUGGAGGAUUCCCAUUGUUGCAGAAUUUCUUUCAAGAAGUGGUUUAGAGCCUGCUUUGAAGAUGGUUGCUGGUUCAGAGACAGUGCCAGCACGCCAGUUUGUUCAAUAUGCUUUUGGACAGUUGAAAUCUCUUAAUGAUGCAUACCCUCAGAAAGAUCGGCUUCCAUACAAUGAUAAGUAUGACAAAGAAGGUAUUGGUCGAUCUAAUGAUCAUGUUAUUGAAACAGACAUGACUCCGCAGCUGGAGAAUGGUUCAGAGACCUCUUUUAAUGACAUGAGCUGUAAGGACAGCAAUCUGCCAGAGUUCCACCCAGAUACUGGUGUUAUGGAUAAUGGAGAUACCUUUUCACCCGUGAUACAAGUUGGUGAAUCCUCACAGUCAGAUAAACAGUUUUGGAAGACUUUUGCUGAUGUUGUCAAUAAGAAUGUCGUUCAGAAACUUGGUCUCCCUGCUCCUGAGAAAAUAAAGUGGGAUGGGUUUGACUUGUUAAACAGGCUUGGUUUAGAGUCACGAAGAAUUGCAGAAGCAGAUUAUGUUGAAUAUGGGCUUGCAACUCCAGAGGAUCAGGAUGCUGUUAACAGUGAUGCAACAACUGGACCAUUGACCAUUGGCACUAUCCGGUCUUCACUGCCAGAUAUUAAGAGGGUGACACAAGAUAUAUUAAGGCAAACUGAUUCUAUUUUGGGGGCAUUAAUGGUUCUGAAUGCUGCAGUUUCUCAAUUAAACAAAGAAGGACUUAUUGUAGGAAAGAGUGAAACCAAAGAUGAUAAUUCUACCAAAAAUGCUGACGAUGUCCUUGGAUAUGCCAAUGGUGAAAAUCUUGCAAUCCCACUGGAUGGAUCAAUAUUGGAUGAAAAGAAAGCUGCGGAGAUGAGGGAACUUUUUUCAACUGCAGAGAGUGCCAUGGAGGCUUGGGCAAUGCUUGCCACUUCUGUGGGCCAUCCAAGUUUUAUUAAAUCUGAAUUUGAGAAAAUAUGUUUCUUAGAUAACACUUCCACAGACACACAGGUGGCAAUAUGGCGUGAUCCAGCACAGAAAAGACUAGUUGUUGCCUUCAGGGGAACAGAACAAGCUAAGUGGAAGGACUUGCUAACAGAUUUGAUGCUGGUUCCUGCCGGGCUAAACCCUGAAAGGAUAGGUGGUGAUUUCAAGCAAGAAGUUCAAGUUCAUAGUGGUUUUUUAAGUGCAUAUGAUUCAGUCAGGACAAGGAUUAUUUCUCUCAUUAAACUGGCUAUUGGGUAUAUAGAUGAUGGUGAUGAGGUGCUGCAAAAGUGGCAUGUUUAUGUGACUGGUCAUAGCUUAGGUGGUGCAUUAGCUACCCUCCUUGCUCUUGAACUUUCAUCAAGUCAAUUAGCAAAGCGUGGGGCAAUUUCUGUGACUAUGUAUAACUUCGGAUCUCCUAGAGUUGGAAACAAAAAAUUUGCUGAAGUUUAUAACCAGAAAGUUAAAGACAGCUGGAGAGUUGUAAACCAUAGAGAUAUAAUACCAACAGUUCCACGCUUGAUGGGCUACUUCCAUGUAGCUCAACCUGUAUAUCUUGCAGCUGGAGAUCUAAAAAAUGCCAUGGAGAAUAUGGAGCUCUCGGGAGAUGGUUACCAGGGUGAUGUAAUUGGGGAGUCCACACCUGAAGUUCUCAUAAAUGAAUUUAUGAAAGGUGAGAAAGAACUCAUUGAAAAAAUAUUAAAUACGGAGAUAAACAUUUUUCGCUCAAUCAGAGAUGGGAGUGCACUUAUGCAGCAUAUGGAGGAUUUCUAUUACAUUACACUGCUGGAGUAUGUGAGAUUGAACUACCAAAUUGUUGCAACGUCGCAAAUCAAUGAAGAAAGUAGCAUAUCUGUCAGUUAAGAAGGCUAUGGUGUAUGAUGACCGUGGGCAAGCUUAAAUUUGCAAUUUGUUCGGUAAUUAUUUGAAAUAUUCUUGAAGCGUUAUCUGGCAUCAUGCCCACGACAGACAAUAUUUUCUGUAAAGAUCCAGUCAUUCAGGUCAAUUGUGCAGCCUGAUGCAGCCUUCCGUUUUCACAAGAUUGUGGUAUUUAUUGUAUGCCCUUCCUGAUUUGCAAGAUCAUGUACAGGUUGAUGAUUGAAAAAUGAAUAACAUUCAUAGUUGUAUAUGAACUCUCAGUUUCCUCAGCAAGCAAGAUACCAGACCUCUGUUCAAAGGGGUAAAGUACCAGACCUCAAAUUCUAUAGCUUCACUGCAGGUUUGCUUCGAAUCCAUUAUGCCCAUGUAGAUGCUGACCACUCUUCCCUCUAGAGCUUUUCCAGGUGGGCAAUUGAAUCAGUCCAAUCAUCAACCCAUACAUCGAUUUGUUGGCAUCAUCACAUGGCCACUGUCAAGUAGUACUCAAGAACCAUGUCGGUGUCUCUGCAGCUUAAUCACAGUAUAUUUUAACAUUAAUUAUCUUUGUUGAAAUUAAGUGAUACCAUUUAAACUAAAGCACUUGCUAGAAGAAACUAGAUGAGUGAAGGACGUUCCAAAUCCUGUGAAAUAAUCACUGUUUUUAAUAAAAGGUUCACACGUAUUUGUACGGAUUUGUAAUAAGUUUGGUUGCAAUAUUAUUUGUC